AUGCUGCGGGUCCUGGUGGGGGCUGUCCUGCCCGUCAUGGUGCUGGCUGCGCCUCCGCCCAUCAACAAGCUGGCCCUGUUCCCGGAUAAGAGCGCCUGGUGUGAGGCGAAGAACAUCACCCAGAUUGUGGGCCACAGCGGCUGUGAAGCGAAGUCCAUCCAGAACAGGGCCUGCCUGGGACAGUGCUUCAGCUACAGCGUCCCCAAUACCUUCCCGCAGUCGACGGAGUCCCUGGUGCACUGCGACUCCUGCAUGCCGGCCCAGUCCAUGUGGGAGAUUGUGACCUUGGAGUGCCCCGGCCACGAGGAGGUGCCCCGGGUGGACAAGCUGGUGGAGAAGAUCCUGCAUUGCAGCUGCCAGGCGUGCGGCAAGGAGCCCAGCCACGAGGGGCUGAGCGUCUACGUGCAGGCGGAGGACACGCAGGGCGCCCAGCCCGGCGCCCACGCCCACCCCCAGCCCGGCGGGCGGGCCCCCGAGCCCGAGGACCCCCCCGGGGCCCCCCACGCCGAGGAAGAGGGGGCUGAGGACUGA